AUGGACGAAUCCGCCAAAACCCAUCUGCUAGAACUCGCCGAGUCCUACCGUGUCGGUGGAGCCAUCAUAGGCGCCCUCGCCGGCUUCGCCAUCAUAGCCCUCCUCGCCCACCUCAAAGUCACCUACCCAGGCCACCGCAAAGGUUUCUGGCCCUGCUACCUCGCCGGCUACAUCGGCUACUCGAUCGCCGAGGCCCUCUCGCACACGGCCAUCGGCGUGCUGCCCAAUACUUGCGCCGCGACGGUGGAACUCAUGGGGCGGGAAGGGGCUUUGGCGUGGCCUUGUCAGAGGGAUAGAUCAAGUGGGUGGUUGUCUCGUUAG